GCAGUGUCAAUUUGAUAUCGUCGCGAAUCUAACGUGAAAUAAUGAUUUUUGUUGUUCUGGAAUAUGGGUGAUUAAGUGCAAUAUUUUAUAAAAGAUUCAUGUGAAAAGUGUUGUGUUUUGUAUUUUCUGUGCAAAAAGAGUGUCAAAAUGGCCUCGGAUAAGAUUAAAGUUGCUGUGCGAGUUCGUCCUUUUAACAGGCGAGAACUGGAGCUCGGUACGGUAUGCGUGGUGGAUAUGGAUUCGCAGCAGACGAUUCUGCAAUGCCCGCAGUCGACUCACGACAAAGAAAGAAAACAACCAAAGACGUUCGCCUUCGACCACUGUUUCUACUCGCUUGACCCGACCCUCAACAACUUUGCAUCACAGAAGACAGUGUUCGAGUGUCUUGGACGCGAUAUCUUGGACAAUGCCUUCGACGGAUACAAUGCCUGUAUCUUCGCGUACGGACAGACUGGUUCAGGGAAAUCGUACACAAUGAUGGGUGCGCCGGGAGGUGACGAAGGCGGUAUUAUUCCGAGGCUAUGCGAUGCUUUGUUCGAGAGGAUAGCAGUACAACAAUCGCCGCCUGCGCUAACGUAUAAGGUUGAAGUAUCGUACAUGGAGAUUUACAAUGAGCGAGUACACGACCUCCUCGACCCCGAAACGACGAGGCGAUCACUCAGAGUCCGAGAGCAUGCUGUACUUGGACCCUAUGUGGAUGGCCUCUCACAGCUAGCUGUGUCGUCUUAUCAGGACAUCGACAAUUUAAUGACCGAAGGCAACAAAUCCCGAACGGUUGCCGCGACGAAUAUGAACAGUGAAUCCUCACGAUCACACGCCGUAUUCAGCGUCGUGUUGACGCAAACCCUCUGCGACACAGCGACUGGUGUGACAGGGGAGAAAGUUGCACGACUGUCCCUCGUCGACUUGGCAGGUUCCGAGAGGGCUGUCAAGACGGGCGCAGUUGGGGAUAGGUUAAAGGAAGGCUCUAAUAUUAAUAAGUCACUAACAACGCUCGGCCUAGUUAUAUCAAAAUUGGCAGAUCAGUCGUCUGGUAAAAAUAAUAAGGACAACAAAUUCGUUCCAUAUAGAGAUUCAGUCUUAACUUGGCUAUUGAAGGACAAUCUUGGUGGAAACAGUAAGACUGUGAUGGUAGCUACAAUUUCGCCUGCAGCUGACAACUAUGAAGAAACAUUGUCUACGCUUCGCUACGCGGACAGAGCUAAACGUAUCGUUAACCAUGCGGUUGUUAAUGAGGAUCCCAACGCGAGAAUUAUACGUGAGCUACGACAGGAAGUCGAAGCACUCAAGGAAAUGCUCAAAUAUGCUACGGGUUCACCAGUUGGAGAGGAUGUUCAUGAGAAAUUGGCGCAAAGUGAACAUCUAAUGAAAGAAAUGUCAAGAACUUGGGAGGAGAAACUAGUCGAAACAGGUCGCGUACAAAGCGAGCGUCAACAUGCGUUAGAAAAAAUGGGAAUAAGCGUGCAGGCGAGUGGGAUCAAAGUGGAGAAGAACAAAUUCUAUCUUGUUAAUCUUAAUGCGGACCCUUCGCUCAAUGAAUUGCUUGUGUAUUAUCUUAAAGACCGAACUUUAGUAGGCGCAGACAGAUCAGCAGAUAUUCAGCUGUCAGGUCUUGGCAUACAGCCGCAGCAUUGCCUUUUGGUCGUUGAAAAUGGCGCUCUCAACAUGGAACCAGUUGGUGCAGCCAGGUGUUUCGUGAAUGGUACACCUGUUGUUUCCAGAGUGAAGUUGGGACACGCCGAUAGGAUACUGUGGGGAAAUCAUCAUUUCUUUAGAGUGAAUUGUCCAAAGGAUAAUAAUGAGAUGACUACGUCAUCAGAACCCCAAACUCCUGCGCAACCGAUCGAUUACAACUUCGCGCGUGAUGAGAUAAUGCUCAAUGAACUUAGCAACGAUCCUAUACAAACUGCUAUUUCACGACUGGAGAGACAACACGAGGAGGAUAAACAAGUUGCACUCGAAAAACAAAGACAAGAGUAUGAAAGACAGUUUCAGCAGCUACGGAAUAUACUUUCUCCUUCCACGCCUUAUCCGCCGUAUUCGUAUGAUCCACUGAAAUUAGGCAAAAUGACCGCAUGCACACCGACAACGGCCGCAAGAGUCGAGCGUUGGGCCGCUGAAAGAGAUGAUACGUUCAAACGGUCUAUAGGGCGGCUCAAAGCUGAUAUAUUGAGGGCCAACGCGUUGGUGCAAGAAGCCAAUUUCCUCGCUGAAGAGAUGAGGAGGAACACCAGGUUUAGUGUCACUUUACAAAUACCGCCGCAGAACUUGAGUCCUAAUAGAAAGCGUGGCGCGUUCGUAUCAGAACCAGCUAUUAUGGUGAAGCGUCCGUCACGAGGAGCCCAAGUGUGGUCCAUGGAGAAGCUCGAGAACAAAUUGGUUGACAUGCGUGAUAUGUAUGACGAAUGGCGGCAUAGACAACAUUCAGAGGAUGAUAUUGAUGACGCAGCUCAAAUAGACGUGGAUACACCAACGGAGCAAGAGGAAAAAGCCUUGGAUCCAUUCUACGAGUCGCAAGAGAAUCACAAUUUAAUUGGUGUGGCGAAUGUUUUCUUGGAGGCUCUGUUCCAUGACGUCACUCUUGAUUAUCACACGCCUAUUAUAAGUCAACAGGGAGAAGUGGCUGGUAGAUUACAGGUUGAAAUAAGUCGAGUGUCCGGCCAUUUCCCUCAAGAUCGUAUUUGCGAAGCAGCUUCAGACAGCUCCGGUGAUAUGAGAGAUGAUGAUGAACCAAUCGAUCCACAGACACAACAAGUAACAAUCCGCGUAGUAAUAAAGCAAGCGAGUGGCCUACCACCAUCACUAUCUAACUUCGUCUUCUGCCAAUACUCCGUAUGGGGUAAUGGGGAGCCCGUAGUCGUUCCCCCACAAGUCUCCGCCGAUACCCCUCCAGCGCCUUUGACAACUGUAUCACCGAGACACCAAUUGCUCACAUUCCGCUUUGACCAUCGACAAGACUUCAUAAUACCACUCACUGAAGAGUUUAUUGAGCAUUGUGCGGAGGGCGCUCUAUCAAUCGAAGUAUGGGGCCACCGUUCGGCUGGUUUUAGCCGAACAGUCGGUAACUGGGAAGUGGAAGCUCAACAAUUGGCAAAAGCUCGCUCAUUAGCCGAUCGAUGGGCGGAGCUUACUCGGAAAAUCGAACUUUGGGUCGAAAUACACGAAUUGAACGAUCAGGGGGAAUAUGCGCCUGUUGAGGUGGCGCUACGUCCUGAUAUUCUGACCGGGGGCGUAUACCAGUUGCGUCAAGGGCAGCAACGACGACUAGCCGUGCGCGUACGACCCGCAGCCAAUUCUGGAACUUUGCCAAUCAUUUGCCAACAUAUUGUCAGUGUUGAAGUCGGAUCAGUUACUGUUAGAUCACGUCUACAGAAACCAUUGGACUCGUACCAAGAGGAGGAUUUGGCUACCCUCAGAGAGAGAUGGAGUGAAGCGCUCGCUAGACGAAGACAACAUUUGCACGCACAAUUACAGAAACUAGUCAACAUGUCCCCCUCACUAAAAAGCGAGCGAGACAUGGAAAGGGAGCAAUCGUUAGUCGAGCAAUGGGUGUCCCUAACGGAAGAAAGAAAUGCUGUGCUGGUCCCUAGUCCCGGAAGUCCUAUUCCAGGAGCACCAGCUGCAUGGAACCCACCGUCUGGAAUGGAGCAACAUAUACCUGUGCUGUUUCUGGAUUUAAAUGCGGACGAUCUAACAACGCACGGUUCCGGCGAGGAAGUAUCUAUAGCGGGUUUACGCUCCAUUCUACCUAAAGAGCAUGGAAGCCGAUUCUAUGAGUUGCAACUUGUCCACCACCAUCACAAAGAUGUGUCUGCGGUGGCCGCAUGGGAUUCCUCCAUUCAUGACUCGCAGUAUCUCAACAGGAUUACUGAACCAAAUGAAAGGGUAUAUCUCAUACUUAAAACGACAGUGCGGUUAUCGCACCCCGCGCCCAUGGAGCUUAUUCUACGCAAACGCCUAGCACUGAACAUUUACAAACGACAAAGCUUCACCGAUCGGAUACGAAAGAAAAUCGUCAGGUAUUCGAUAGUGGAUCAACUAACUCAAACUGGUGUCACUUACGAGGUCGUAUCAAACAUUCCGAAGGCGUCAGAAGAGUUGGAGGAAAGAGAGAGCUUGGCUCAAAUUGUUGCCACAGGAGAGGAGGCCAGUGCGGCUGACGGAGAGACUUAUAUUGAGAAAUACACGCGAGGCGUUAGCGCAGUUGAGAGUAUUCUAACUCUGGAUCGUCUACGGCAAAGUGUCGCUGUUAAGGAGUUGGAACAAGCACGCGGCCAACCGGUCACUAUGCGCAAAACGGCUUCGGUACCAAAUUUCUCGCAGGGUGCUUUCUCACGACGCGACGCGUUACAAACGAUUUGCAACGCGACACGGUAUGUCGUUGAUUUCGUAUCGUCACUGCAAGGGCAGGACGAAUACGAUCAAGAUUCGGGGCGUUGCGUGAUUAUGCGUUUGGACUCUUCGUUCGAAUCUUUGAACGGAUUAUCCGCGGGUCGGUCAGGCAGUGUGGCCGACUUGGCCGACGAAACACCGCGACGCAAUUUGCACAGACAUUCGUACGCUGCCCCCGCUCAUAACGAUCCGGAUAUCGUCACGCCCACAAAACCGUUCGGACUCGCGUCCCCAGCGAGUGGAAAAUUGGGCUUCCGCAUGACGACCCUGCAUGAGGAGCCAGGUAGACGAAAUGACGAGGAUUCGCAUUCAGAGCCAGAAUCGGCUCCAUCAGAUGAAUUGACUACGCCGCGAUCACAACGUACACGUUCGCGAGCAACUCCCCGCGGUUUCUUACCGACUUCAAAGACAUUGGAUUCACUUCACGAACUCGCGUGUGAAAGAAUUCCCAGCAAAAAUUCACCGUCAAUUUCUUCAAGUGGAUAUGGUUCCCAAGCAGUAUCGUCAACCAACCUUACAAACGACGACACGCUCUCCAUACGCAGUAUGUCUGUUGAUGAUACACCGGAUUUCGACAAAUUGGAUUAUACGCACUUAAGUCGGACUAAAAACUCAAUGGCCGGCCUCAGACAUGAGAUAAGUGAACUGAGAAGCGACAUCACAGACCUGAAGAAUGAAAUUGUCGAAUCGAAAAAUGAGUUGGAAGAUGUUGCAUUCGAGAAAGCGAAAACUCCGGUCUUAACUCCCGGAUCGAGGAACAGGAUUAAUCCGUUCUUGAGGGAUUGCGAAGAAGCGAUGGAUAAAGGACAGAUUUUGGACCCGCUUGGAGCGAUUCCGGUGGAAACGGUGUCUAGUCAUAACAAACAAGAAUCGCAAGUCAAUGGGGAAGCGCACGAUACGUCUUUCGGUGAUGCAGAAAUUGAGUCGGUUAGCUCAGAACAUUCAAGUCACGACACGCGGAGUCGUGAGACAUCAUCUGUUGGAGAAAGUGAUUCGCCUGGACCAGAUCCUAUAGUAAAUACAUCUCUUCCUGCGGGAAAGGUCGUCCGUCGUCGUGCUGGUACGGCACGGAAUGCUGCGCGCGCGUCGUAUCCGUCCGGACGUACGAAGUCGCACGAACACGCAUCGCCACCGCUAAAGGACACUUCCGCAUCUACGGAGCGAAUUUUACCGGACGAAUCAGAAAGCGAUCGUUCGCAUGCAGUACCUGAGUGGAUGUGUGUGGGCGAAAGUGUACAAUUACGCCUAAGCAGUAGCACUGGAGUUGUUGCGUACGUUGGACCAACCCACUUUGCACCUGGCACUUGGGUGGGAGUAGAAUUAGACGCGCCUACUGGAAAAAACGACGGAUCUGUAGCAGGGACACGGUAUUUCGAAUGCCGACCUCGACACGGAAUAUUCGUGAGAGGCGAAAAGCUCAUACAGGACCGGCGCGGUCGCAGUGCUAGGGCGUUCCGUGACAAUGAGCUGAAACGUGCUACUAGCAAAGGUGAAGGCCUACAGAACUUACACAGAUCCCGGAGUCGCGGUGACAGCAUAAAUGCUGUUGGCACUAAAACUAGAAGCAAAUAAGCUCAACAACCUAUACGUACGAGUAUACGCGUACGUACGCGUAUAUACGUAUACGCAAACAGCAGCAAUCGGACCGAAUUGUUUACGUCCACACGAGUCCAAUUCAUUUUUUGUUGCAGUCGUGUAACGCUAUGGUGCUUAUGUGUAUAUGUUGUUCUUUUCACCUUUAAGCAGAGUUAUUUUGUUCUAAUUAACUGAUUGUUUCGUUUUAGUCCCGGUUUUAAUAUAUUUAAUGGAUAUUAUGAUGUUCCAUUAGGAAAAUAUUUCUCUAUAUUAUUGUUUGGUACAAUAAUAUUUGAAUGAAAUGUUUUUCCUUAAGUGUCGACUUAGCGAUUUUUAUUUCGAGACCGUAUUUGUAAAUAUAAUUGACAUUUUAUUUUUAUGUAAAUAUGUGAAUGUGUUGUUAAUUUAAUGACCAAUGAAUCGUUUGUGAUCAGGAUUGUUUGUAUAGAACUUUUUACUGUAUAGUUUUUACCAUUAUUUAUGUAUUAGCGAAUGCUUUAUUGAAGCUCAUCAAUUUAAAAAAAAAACUUAAGAAACUUUAUCAUCGUUUGACAAGGUUCCUAAGGGCAUUUUAUUAAAAUAUUUUGACAUUUAUCUAUCGGUGGAAGGGACUUAAAUAUACAAUUAUUAUAUAUUUUGCAUUUAAAUUUAUUCUCGUAUUGCUCAGUCUUUGGACACGAUCGCCUAUUGUGAUAGUUUCUUGCCAGUUUAGAGUGUUUUAUUCGGAUUCUCCCUAUUGUUUGGUAUAAACGAAAUCGUCCAAUAUCACAUCUACGUCCUUUCAAAGACUUGUACAUUAUCCAGCCAUGGACUCUUCGAAUCCUUUCUCGGGUGCAAAUGACAGCGAUUAUUAUUAACGCAAUAUUUAUAUUAAACGCUGAUAAAGUAUUUUGCGUGUUCACGCUUAUUAUGUUUUCGUCGUCGCUCGUCACUUGCACCACAUAUAUUAGGGUUGUGUAGUUAAAAUUUUUGAGAUUGUAAAUUUAAUAUUUAUAGACGAUUCAACGUGUAUAUUACACCCCAUGAAACUUAGUCCUGUGUGAUUAUCCAUCCAGAAACAAUAAAGUAUAUUGAUUUUCCCAUUGUGUGGUAGCUAAUUGCGGUAGAUUAGGUGAUAUAUGAAUGCUAGUAGGAAAGUGUAUCCACAUGUAUUAGGGUAUAUUUACAUCGAUUCGCUUCAUACGCCGAAGCAAUAGAGUUAGUUCACUUUUAUUGUAUAUUCCAUCCUUUUAGACGUAAUUGUUAAGUACACUUUGAGUACACAGUUAGAUUUAACGCAUCGUUAUUCGCUAGUGUUUUUAAAGUCUCACUUUCAACAGCCCGUGACUUGCCACCACGUAAAGUAAAAAAUAAAAAAAACGUUUGUGUAUGUAUGUACACGCAUUAGAAGUUAUACUUCUUUGGCGUGACAAGAUAAAAAUCUUUUUAAAAUGUUUUAUUCAAAUUAAUAUCACUUAUUAUCACAGUAAAUUAUUGUAUUAUUUGAGAAAAUAUAUAUUUAUGUAUUUUGUAUAUAUUUUAUUCGGACUGAUACAGAUACUGAAACUUGAAUAAAUAUCGUGAACAGUUGUCAGUUGUCACGCAAACAUACGUAGAUAUCCUUACUUUAGUUUGUUGGUAUCUUUUUUAAUAAAAAAAAAGUGUCGGGUUUUUGUGACGGUGUGCGCGCGCAUCGCGCCAGUAGAAGUAUAACUUCAAUAAUAAAAAUGUUCGCCUAUUAAUGCACCAAGCAAGUUUCCGAUGUGUAAGUUGGCAAGAUGCGUAAGGUAUUGAACGCCUGGUUUCUAUAUCGAUUCGUAACUGCUACGAGUAGUUAGUAAGGGAUUUCCUACAGAGAUUUUAUGGAAAAUGGGCCUAGGGAUUAUCGAAAUCUUGCCAAUUUACGUGUCGAUAUGACGAACUCGACUGAUUUCUUCAUUCGAACGCUUUUUAGACGUAUCGUACUUAACAUUCCAUUUGGACAUUUAUCACCUUAUUAUAAGUUAGAUUUUUAUAGUGUGAAUGAUUUUUGCAUUUUUACCGAUCAGGCCUCGACUAGGACAGCUCAAUGUGUAGUCUUUUAAAUAUUGUAGGAUGUGUCUUUGAAAUUCUCGAUGUGCUUCUGUCCAAUAGUUUGGUAGGACAAUGAGGGAGACGAUCCGUCUUUGAAGAUUGGUUUUUAUCAUGAUUAAAGACGGGUUUAAGGCAAUAAAGUUAGUUGAGAUUAAGAUGAAAUCAUUUGGAGUAUGCACUAGGGCUCCUAGGUAUAGGCUAUAGUGACCUUGACGUCUAAUUUAUUUUAAUUAGAACUAAGCUGACAACGUGCUGUGCUUGUUUUAAAAUGUAGUUAUUAUUUGUUUUAUAGUGUAAUUUGUAUUUAUUGCAGUCAAUUAAUUGCGUAUGAGCUUAUAAAUUCGUUGUAUUAUUUUGGUGACAUUUUUUUUGUGUAGCAAUGAUGUUUUGCCAGUUUUAAAAUUGUGUAAAAAUAGAUUUUUUUUAAUGUGAUAAGCCAUAGUUUAGGCAGCUACUUCGUAGCAGGAUAGAUGGUUGCAUAAUAUUCAUUAUUGUAAACAUAUAAAGAGAUUUUUAAUAUUUAAAUACAGAUAGUUCACUUCUAGAGGAAAUAUUUUUGCCAAGUAGCAACUUUGAGUCAACCAUCGCUGUCAUUAUCAAUAAAUGUAUAAAAUUAUGA